UCUCUCUCUCUCUCGCAUCAAGAAACCAUGACCAAGAUCGACACCCUCCGUCGAUUCCUCCUCCCCUGUUUCACCCCCCCCACCACCACAACCACCACCACCGCCAAGAAACGCCUAAGCUCCUCGCUUCGAGACGACAUUCAAGAAGACCCACCAAAAAAAACCCACAAAAACGAGCAAGACCAAGACUCCACAACCUCCGACGAAAGCUCCAUCACCACCCACUCGGUGGCUCCGCCGCGACCCUCCAAGACCAUGGUCAUCGGCACCAUCUUCGGACACCGCCGCGGCCACGUCUGGUUCUGCGUCCAACACGACCGCCUCUCGACCCGACCCGUUCUCCUCCUCGAACUCCCCAUCCCCACCCACCUCCUCGUCAAAGAAAUGCGCUGCGGACUUGUCCGGAUUGCCCUCGAAUGCCAAGACCGACCCGGAUCCGAACUCAGCUCCUGCCCGCUCCACUCUGUCCCGGUCUGGACCAUGCUCUGCAACGGUCGGAAACUCGGGUUCGCGGUUCGGAGAAUAGCCAAUGAAACGAACCGGCUCAUGCUCAAGACCAUGCAGUCCAUAACGGUCGGAGCGGGUGUAAUUCCUUCCGGGUUCGGGUCGGGUGAAGGUGAUGGUGAGCUCAUGUACAUGAGGGCUAACUAUGAAUGUGUGGUGGGUGGGGCACACUCCGAGUCUUUUCAUCUGAUCAACCCGGAUAAUUUUCCGGGUCAAGAACUCAGUGUGUUCUUGAUGAGGUCUACUAGGUGAUGGAAAUUUUGGAUUGAUCAGAGGGGCAUUUUGGGUAAGGAAAGCUUGUUUAUGUUGGAUCUAGAAAAUGAUGGGUUUUCUGUUUCAAAGAUUUUUCUUUGAAAUUCAAGUCUUGAAAACUUUUUUCAAGCCAUAAAUUACAAAUCUUUGUUGGAAUUUUGGGCUUGUUUGAAGGGCAAUCCUGGAAAACAAUUCACAUUUAACUUAUAUGGAAUUUGCUUCAAUGGUGGAUGAGAGAGAUGAAAUUGUAGAGGAAGAUGAGUGUUAAUUUCAUUCAAAAAAAAUUUUUUUUGACAUUAGAAAUUACAUUUUCAAGUAGU